AUGAGCUCGAUCCCUUCUCAGUCGGGCGUUCAACAAGGACAGAGCACCGCUUCCACCUCUCCCAAGCCCGCCGCAACCCCCCUGGCUGCGACUGCCCCGGCGCCAGCUAAGUCCUACGCCAACGCUACAAAGAAGUCUGCGACGGACUCGUCCGCCGCUCCCGUCACUGUGGGUGGCUCUGCGCAACAUGGGAAGUCGACUUCCGUAUCUCCUGUGAACGGCAAACCCAUGCAAACCCAACCCGCUCAGCAGGCUGCCUCGGGUGUGACCAUCGUCAAUGGCGCCCCAACGGCUCCUGCUUCUCAAGGUGAUCACUCCCGAAAGCCUUCGGUGACCAUCACCUCUGCCGGCACCUCCGGAUACAUGCCCAACGGCGGCCCUGCUAGCCGUCCCAACAGCCUUCAGUUCGGUUUCGCCAACCAGCAGAGCUCUCCAAACAUGGGCAAUCCUGCCGUUCUCGCUUCCAACCAGUCGCAGUCUGGCCUGGGUGCCCCGUCGACAAACCCGCGUGUGACCUCACCGCAGACCUCCCCGUCUCCCAUCCCACAGCCCGCCUCCAGUGGUGGUCGUCCCCCAUCCACUUACCAGGCACAAGGGAACGUCCCCAACUUUGGAAGCUUCGGUGAGACUGGUGAUAACAACGCUCCUCUCGGUCCCGGUCCCCAACAUUUGCGUCGCGAAUCCUCUCAGUCCACCCACAGUGAUAUGAGCAACCACAUGGGUGGUGGUCCUGGACGCGGUGGCUACCCUCAGGGUGGCCGCGGUCGUGGAUACUCUCAGUCCGGAUACCAGGGACAGAUGCCCUACUCGCCCGGCCCCAGCUACCGCCAACCUCACAACGCACCCCGCGGUGGUCCCAACAUGGGCCCUCAGUUCCAUGGCCCCAACCAAGGUCGUCCCCUCGCAGCCCCCUUCCCGAACUCGCCGCACCAAGCCAGCCGCAGCCCGGCGCUGGCUAACGCCCACCCCACCACUCCCCAGAUGAACCAGGUUCCAAUGGCCCACCCACAGAUGCCGCCCCAGCCCUACGGCUAUGGACAGCACAUGGGCCCCCCAAACUGGCUACCCUCCUUACGACCCCAAUUAUGGUUACUAUAA